UCAAGGGUGCCGUAACCUUAAGAAGCGAUUCUGCAGUUCCAACACCAGAGAACUCCAGUUCCAGAGAGACAGGCUGUAACAGCAGGCUUUGGUGUACAAGUGCUGUGGCGUUUCAGCCUGCUGAAAAUGAGACAAGUGCUCCUGGCAUUGUGCACAGUCUGUGCGCUGCUCUCCGCAGCUUCCGCUCUGAACUGCAACUUGUGCGUGCCGACAGACAGUGGAACCUGCACAGACACCACCAUGACCUGCCCAGCCUCACAGCCCCAGUGUGCAGUCGCAGCAGUGUCAGUCAACGUAGCUGGUACUAAAAAAACGAUCAACAUGAAGUCAUGCUCAGAACCUGAAGCCUGCAAUGGGCCGAUAUCCCUCAACUUUGGAAUCCAAAGGACAACUAUAAAUGCUAAAUGUUGCACCACAGAUUUGUGCAACACUGGGUCCGUUCCAGCGUAUGCCGACAGUACCCCUUCUGGUCUGGAGUGUUAUGGAUGCAUAGGACAGGACUGCAGAGACACUAUGAAGUGCCUUGGCGUUGAAGACCGUUGUCUGAAGGUUGUAGUUGAAGCACAGGGAUCGAAGAUAGUGACGAAGGGAUGCGCUUCCAAAAAUGUUUGUGUUUCUCAAUCGAUGCAGAUUCCUGGUUUAUCCGGAUCAAUUUACUGCUGCGAGGGCAAACUGUGCAACGGGGCCCGUCGGGUCGGGCAGAACAUCCCGCUGCUGCUGCUUCCACUUCUAACUUUCAAGCUGCUGUUUUAAACCAGGGCUGCCCUCUAUUGGCCAACGCAGGUCCUGGAACCCCCCCCCCCCCCCCCCCGUGUUUUUUUUUUUUUUUUUUUUUUAAUAGUUCCUGAAAAUACUGGGAAAUGAAAAUGGGGAUAAGAUAUUUUUGUUUUAUUAUUAUUAUUUCUCUCUCUCUGCUUUGAAUUUAAUUGAAUGUAUUUGGUAAAAGUCCACAUACAAUGUCAAUGCAGAUUCCUAUUUUGUCAUUUAUUCUUAUUCUGCUUUGAUACAAUUGAAGUCUUUUUUUGUUGUUAUUAAACCAGUACAUGAAAACACAGAGUGUGCUUUGUGAUUCCUUCACAGCAUCAAUACCAAUAAUAAUAAUUAAAAUGUUACCAAGGCAACCGGUUGCCUUGUUUUUGUU